UUUCAAUUUCUCUCUUGUCCUUCAGUUUUCAUUUUCUCACUUUUCCAAUCAUCUUCUGUCUCUUUACUUGAUACCCAUUUGCCGCGAACCUUCUAGCGACAGAAGAGUGCAGUUCAAAAUCACGUGCUCUCGCGUUUCCUCCCCUUUUCCUCGUCUUGUGAGAUUAGGCGUUCAGCGUAAUCGCAGAAAAGCUUCAUAUACCCAUUGCGUAUAUCAUAGGGCUCGACCCAGAUCGUACAUACAUCGAAAAUCUCAAUACCUUCCGGGGAACACAACGGAAGUAAUCAAAUAUGGGCCAAGGACAAUCGCAGCAAUCGCAAACAGUGCUCCGCAACAGAACGCCCACGCCAGAACCGCUCGAUCCGGAGGAAGCGAGGAGGUUCAGGGAGGAGAAGGAAAGAGUGCAAGCAGAGGAGAGAGCACGUCGCGCUGCAGCAGCCGAGCAGCGCUUUGCGUCUAGCCAGCAGAGCAAAGCUAAGAAAGCCGCGGCAGCAGGGGGAACUGGAGCGACUCAGCAGAAAAAGAAGGGGGAGAGUGCGCUGGAGCAGAUGAGUAGGGAGAAUAAGGGGUGGAGGGAUGCGGAUGCGCAGAGGGACUUGAGGAGUUGGAAUUGAGGGACUUAAGGGGUUUGAACAUGGGGAUGGAGAGUCUCUGAGUAUAUCUUGAUGGAGCGGAGGGGAUGAAGUUGGUGGAGGGGGUACAUGGAUUUCGUUUCUCUUAGUAUAUUUGAUUAGUAAGGAGAAGAAUGAUGCAAUCCAAAUUUCAUUGACUAAAGAAUCA